CUAUUUUUUACAAUUUCUGGUCUGUGUGAUUUUAAACCUAACUUUAACCCUAAUCACACUGCUAAUCAUAUGCCUAACCCUAACCUUAAAUUAAGACCAAAAAGCUAAUUUUAGAUUGUAUAAAUGUUUACGAUAUAGCCGUACAUUUACGAUUUGACUUUGUGGCUGUGGUAACUAGUGUAAAACCGUGAAGGUCGAACGCAAACUCCACCCCCAAGCAAUCACCGCAACAAGUGUACUGAUGCUGCUCACCGAAACGACAGCUCGAGCUGCCAAUAAUCGACCAGCCUCACACACUUGAGUACCAAAGGACUCUAAGUUUGCUAGAACAACUUUUUAAGUUAUUGACUCCCUCUUUUUCCAUUUAUUCAUUUGAAUAACCAACGCCGGAUGUUUUCUCGCCCGCAACCUUUUACCAAGCCAGCUUUCAGUUUUGUAACGUUAAAUCUUUUAGAAUUUAUCGGUUAGCUAGCCAGCUAACUAGCCUACUGUUUGAUGUUGCAAUUAGUCAUUUGUCACGAGAUGUUGCAAGCCAGUUUAUCAAACUGCAGCCUGCUACUUCCGACAUGUUUUCGUGUGUAAUCAUCGAUUGCAGGACCCAAAAGACAUUUGGACCUUCAAGUAGCUUGCUAACUCUUUUAGUAAAGUGUUUAUCGAUUAUGGCUAUCUAAUCAACAAAAACAGCUACUGCUCUGUUGAUGAGAAAUACCGGUGGCACAGGACAACAUCAACGACUAUGAGAAGGGCGGGGCAGAGCGAUGCAGCCCGGUCUACCAGCGACGACUCCCUCUCCUGUCGCGAUGGCUCCUCCACCGACCCUGACCUUCAACCUCGAGCCUGGCCCCGACCCCUCUGCGAUCUUUACCCUACCCAGGGUCACGUGGAGAGGGCGGCGCCCCCGUCCCUGUUGUCUGGGUGUGGUGCCCAGGUACAGCUUGUGACCUAUGACCCCCACAAUGAGGAGAGUAGACUGAACGGGCUCAACACGGACACCUGGUCCAGCCGAGUGAUAGGCCACCCUGAGAUGAAGCCCUACCCCUCCAGGAUCAUGAGGCUCUUCUCUACCCAGAGGAAGUGCACCGUUCCUGGGGACAGUCCGGGCUCAACCAGGCCCCUCUCCUUCCAGGGCCCUCAAUCCAGUGCCGGGGGCCCGCAGGCUUGGCCAGUCCUGUCAGGGCUUGCCGUCAUGGGCUCCUUUAAGAAGCUGCGCUCCUCAGUGCUCCAAGGCAUUCAGAACCGAGGGACAGCUAAUCCGGAUGGGGAGUACAUCUCAGCAGCCAACCAGGGUGAAUAUAAUGGAAUGGUCACAACCAAUCAGAGCUUAAGACUGAGGUGUGGGGAGGGAUAUAGUGUGUCCAGUAGGGUGUCUAUUGGCCAGCAGAUGGCUGGUAUGAGCCCUUAUAGUUCUGACAAUGAAGAAGAGGAGGAGGUAGUAGAUAAGGAAGAGGGACUGCAGAGGAACACACGCUUUUCAAGGAGUAUCCGGAGAGCAUAUGGGGCGGGGCGCAUCUCACUGCUGGACACUGGGCAGAACGGGGAACGCGGGGAGGGUCCAGGACAGGGGGUUUCAUCCAAUCAGAGGCCAGGUUUAGGCUCCAGUUCAGGGUCUGAGGUGAACCUACAUUCGGAAGAGAGCGUCAACGUGCUGAGCAGACUAACCAAGAGCGCAGACAACCUACACCUUAAGGCCCCUUUCAGACGCAAAGCCCCUUCUCCCUCUCCAAAUGACUCACCUGGUACCAUUGGCUCUGUAGUGGCCAAUGUGGGCCCCAGCAUACAGAGAUCAGCCAGUGUCUCGUCCGUGGACCUUAGGGACCGCAGCCAGAGCCCUGGUCGCCUUAGGAGUCCCCUAGGGGCCAGGGGCCACAUGUUGAAGCUAGUGAGCAGCAUGACUGACCUGACCGUGAGACGCAGGCCUAACCUGUCCCCCGUCACUUGCCCGGGCUCCCCCGUGACUCCCCUGUCCCCCCUCAGCCGUCUCCACGACGACUACUCCCGCCGUACGCCCUGCCUUCCCUCCGGCGACCGUCAACGGCGGCCCUCGCCCGCCAGAACGAGGAACGUCACUCUGGUAUCACUGGAACACACGCCGACCAUCCACCCCCACCUCCAGGGAAGACCAGACCAUGUCUUCAGUUUCCCAACCUAUAGUGAACCUCUCGCUACAACCUCAUCUCCCCUGAGGAGCAGCCUGUGUGAGGGGGGCAGGCCUCAGGAGGGAUGGGGAGAUGGGUGGAGAGCUCAGUGUGACUCCACUCCACUCCCCCAGGGGGAGCCAUGUGAGAGCCACAGCAAACACCAGCCGGAGGUCAAUGCAGAGGUCAAGACGGCACCAAAGCAGUGCAUAUGGACCAGACCAGACCAAGAUCAGGAGGAGCUGGAGGACACAUCAGACGAACAGGGCAGAGAGGCACUGUUAGGGGGUGAAGAGGCGCCCUCUCCUUCAGCCACCGGUACCACUCUCACCCCAACAUGUUCCCUAGAUUCUCCCACCUCACCCAUAUUAACCACAUCACCCAUGGCAACAGGCGCAACGGAAACGUCCACGUCCGUCACCCCCAGACGGAGGGCGGGGCGAUCGAGGCCUCGGCCAAUCUCUGACUACGCUCAGCUGGUUGCCAGGAAGUACGCCAUCCCCGAGGAGGAGGCGGAGCUACAUCCUGAGGAGAGGAUUACAAAUGGAACUCCCUGUCAGGACUUCAAAAGUAAUGGAGGCUCGCAGGACAGUGACAGCCAAGAGAACUACAAUAUGAAUGGAGAUCUCCGGUGCCGGAGAAGACGGCCUAUGUCUGUGAUUGGAGGAGUGGAUCUGUACUCUUCACCUGGCGCUGAGGGGAGAGAGGACCGCCUGCCGUCUCUCCUGUCACGCCCCCCUGUCCCAUCCCACCAAGUGCCCUCCUACAGGGCUGUGUCGGCCAGGUUCCGCCCCUCCACCUUCUCCCAGAGCACCCCCAUUGGACUGGACCGCCUUGGACAACGCAAACUACACAGAGUCCUCAGUGCAGACGGAGGCUCAGAGUGUUGUGCAGCGGUGGAUGGUGACAGUGUGAGUGAGGAGGAGGGGAGCUUCGAUGAGCUCAGUGAUGUCACAACGUACCUGCAGCCUGGGGUGGGGCUGUCUGCUCUCAGCCAGUGGAUCAGCCAGGGUCAAGCUGUGUAUGCAGAGGCCCUGUGGGACCAUGUGACAAUGGAGGAGCAGGAGCUGGCAUUCAAGGCGGGGGAUGUGAUCCGGGUGCUGGAGGCCCCUCACAAGGACUGGUGGUGGGGCAUGGGGGCAGACAGGGAGGCCUGGUUCCCCUCCAGCUUUGUCAGGGUGCGUGUGAACCAGGAGGAGGAUUCUGGAGCGGAGAGUGUAGAGCGUUGUGCUCUGGACCAGGAAAACCCACACACUGCCCCCCGGGACACACACAGCGCUGAGCACCGCCACCAGAUGAGGACCAACGUGGUCAAAGAGAUCAUGAACACAGAACGCAUCUACAUCAAACACCUCCGGGACAUCUGUGAGGGCUAUAUCCGCCAGUGUGGUAAAAACCCAGGCAUGUUCACUGAGCUGCAGCUGAAGACCAUCUUCAGUAACAUCGAGGACAUCUACAAGUUCCAGAGACAGUUCCUCAAAGACCUGGAGAGGAAGUACAACACAGACCAGCCUCACCUCAGUGAGAUAGGAGCCUGUUUCCUCUUACAGGGGGAGGGUUUUUCUAUCUACUCUGAGUACUGUAACACCCACCCUGCAGCGUGUGGGGAGCUGCAGCGCCUCAUGAAGCUGGGCAGGUACAAGCACUUCUUUGAGGCCUGCCGGCUGCUGCAGCAGAUGAUUGACAUCUCCAUCGCCGGCUUCCUGCUCACGCCCGUCCAGAAGAUCUGCAAGUACCCCCUGCAGCUGGGAGAGCUGCUCAAAUACACCCCCAAAGACCACAGUGACUACGGUGGAGUGAGUGAUGCGUACGAGGCGAUGAAGAACGUGGCGAGCCUCAUCAAUGAGGGGAAGAGGCGGCUGGAGAGUGUUGACGCCAUCGCUCACUGGCAAGUGGCCAUCCUACGCUGGGAGGGAGCAGACGUGUUGGAGCGCAGCUCGGAGCUGAUCCACUCUGGAGAGCUGACCCGGAUCGUGUGCCAGGGCAACAAGACACAGCAGCGCAGCUUCUUCCUGUUCGACCACCAGCUGGUGUUCUGUAAGAAGGAUGUGCUGCGCCGCGACCUGCUGUACUACCGCGGCCGCCUGGACAUGGACCACACGGAGCUGCUGGAGAUGCCCGACGGCAGGGACCCUGAGCUGGGCGUCUCGCUGAAGAAUGCCCUGCGGCUGCGGAACAGCUCCACUCUGGAGACCCUGUGUUACCUCUGCUGCAGAAAGCCCCAGGACAGACAGCGCUGGCUGCAGGCCUUUGCCAGGGAGAGACGGAGGGUACAGGAGGACCAAGAGACAGGAAUGAAGAUCAGUGAAACGCUGCGAAAACAAGCAAUCUUCAAUGCGAGGAAAUCCCGACAAGGGAAAAUUAAGACCAUGGGCUACUCUGGCAAUGUCCCGCCCCACCACCAGCCCCUGCAUCCAAUUCACCAGCGCCACGUUACCGUGCCAACCAGCGUGCCUCAGCAGCAGGUGUUCACAUUGGCCGAGCCCAAGCGAAAGCCCGCCCAUCUGUGGUACACCUUCACCCGACACACCUUCUUCAGGAAGUGAGGAUCCCCCGCCUGGUCCUGACUCUAAAUGGUCUCACCACGCCUAGAAUCGUCCUGAUAACUCAGAAAAACGUACAGUUGUUAUGGACCCACAGGACCUGUGCGCGUACUGCUUUGUGUAAUGUGUGUUUUAUCAAUGUGUUUGUAUUGCCUCUUAAAGUGUCUAUCUGUGUGUUUUGUUGGUUUGUGCAUUAUUUUUAUGUCUGUGUUUAUUUGUCUAGUUAAAUCAGUGCCUGGACUUGUUAAUAUACAUGCAUACAGACGGACACCCCUCCAUGUUGCUGGUGUGGUGAAGAUACUGCUUUUGUAGUCUGAGAUUCCUUUACACCCAACCGCCUAGCAGAAACCUGUAUUAUAGUAAUUAUGGCAAUGAUGUACUACACGUUCAGCUUUUAAAUUACCUGUCGAAUAUUUGCCUGAUAUCUUGGUUUUAGUUUAUUUCUCUGAGGCUGGACCCUGUUGGCGUUAGACUGCUAGUGAAAGCACAGCCCACACACAGGACAGUGUACCAUCAGGACAGUGUACCCAAGUACCCACUGGACAGUGUACCCACAGGACAGUGUACUCACAGAACAGUGUAUGUACACACACAAAUACGUAGCAACAGGACAGUAUACGUACAUACACAUGGAACGGUGUACGCGCUCACUAACCCUGUUAUCACUGUUGUAAAUAAACUCUUGUACCAAAUGCAAGUAA